CCGGUCUGUUAGGCGCAUCAUCGCAUCAUGGCCUCCGCCAGUGUGCAUUCGAGCAAGCGAUCUCCCAGCACCGCCGGCAGCGACAGUCCCAAGAGCACCGCAGCUCAUCCCGUAGACGAGGACCCGCUGUACAAGGACGCAUCUGGCGCAUUCGACCUCUACUACAGCGGUAUCUAUGCCAUCAGCAGCCGAUAUAUCUGGCUGCUGAUCGGUGCACUGUUGUUGCCUGUGUCUGUGUGCAGGGAAGCACGCCGAGUGCGAGUCGCUGCUGCGGCGCAUCCAGCAGGCGCAGGGCACGGCAGCGGAGCUCGUCUAUCGGCUCAAGGUCUCGCACAACCUGGAGCUCAACAAGUACCUGCAGGGUAUGGAACCCCACACACCUCGCCACGCAUCCACCCAUCCGUACAUCUGAUCUGUCAUUCGUUUGUGUGCAGGUGGGUGCUGUGAUCCGGAUGGCUUGUUGAGGACGUUGACGCAGCUGCAUGAGCAGGGCCGGGUGGCCAAGCGGCACCGGGACGAGGCGGCCGCUGCUGACCAUGACGAUGUCGGUGCUGAACAGGUACGUCCGUGUGUGUGUGUGUGUCUGUGUGCGUGAUCCGCCGUUGUGGCUGUGUUUGUGUGUGUUUGGAUCGGUGGGUCAGGUGGACGAGGACCUCUCCGUGUUGGCGUACAACCGGGCGGUGCUGUCAUACCAGCUGCGCAACUACGAGCAGGUACAGAUGGAUUCGUGUGGGUGGGUGUGCUGCAGAGCCAUCCAUGCGCCCAUAUGUGUGUGUGCAGGCUCGGUCGAUCCUGGAGGAUCUGUUCAAGCGCAUCGAGCCCGUAGACGACUUCCUGGCCGUCAAGAUCUGCCUACUCCUCAUGGUCCAUCCAUCCAUCCAUCGGCCCACACACACACAUACACAGACACAGACACAGACACAGACACACGCCUCUGUACCUUUGUGUGAAUGUGUGCAGGAGCUGUAUUUGACGAUUCGUGAGCCUGAGAGGGCAGCGGACGUGCUGGCGUACUUCGAGAAACCCCAGGCAUUCCCCACCCUGUGGAAAACGCCUGAAAGUACGGAUGGAUGGAUGGAUGAGUGCGGCCAUGCAGGCAGGCAGGCAGGCAGGCACUGAUGGACACCAUGUGUGUGUGAUGGCUGUGCUGUGGGCAGACAAGGAUGCCAACGGGCUGCCUCCGUCGACUUCUCCCGACCAACCUGCACCAGACGCACACGCCGGUAGAUACAUACCAGCACACACACAUAUACACACACACACACACAUGUACCUCUGCAAAGGGGCGUACAUAUCAUUGCUGUGUGGGCAGAUGCCGCGCCGGAGCAUGCGCAGGCGGCGAAGGACGACCAGCAGCAGCAGCAAUCGCAGCAGCAACAGCAGCAGCAACAGCAGCAGCAGCCAUCACAGCAGCAAGGCGAAGAGUCGGCUGAGGGGCAGCAGGUGGGUGCGUCUGCAAGCGCCAUCAUGUGUCCCUCUCUCGCCAUGCCCAUCUUGUCUAUGUAUGUGUUCAUUCAUAUAGGGAGCGGAGAGGCAGCUGCUGCCGGCGCUGGUGCUGGGCUCCUAUCUGCCUUAGUAAGCGCCGGACGCCCAACAUGUGUAUCCACAAAUACGUGCCUGCGUGUGUGUACGUGUCUGCCUGCUUUUUGCAGCCACGGCCGCUCGCCAGAGACCAUAUCAGCGUCGGAAUUUAAGGUAAGCAAGUCCAUGCAGUCGCCCACAAAGCGUGCAGUGAACGGUGCUUGUGUGUGCGCAGUUCUUCACGCAGCUGUACCGUGCCAAGAUCGCCGUCAUGCAGAGGAACCUCAAGGGCGCCAAGAAGGUGCGUUAGUGUGUGGUAGUGUCGUGUGGAGCGUGUGUGUGCACACCAAAGUCAAAAGAAAGGGUCAAUUGACGUGCGUGUGUGAUGCACAUCACACGUGUUGGCUUCGUGUGUGUCCGUGGACCAACAGGAGCUCAAGACGGUGCUCGAGACGUUCCAGCACCAGCUGCGGUCCGCACCCAUCCUGACGGCAUCGCCACACACAAUCGGUCAACACACACACUCACCACACACAAAAACACACACACACACAUCGGCCGACACACACAAGCGCAUCCAUCCAUCCAUCCGUGUGUGUGUGUGCUGUGUGUGUGCAGCCACGGACGCCUCGCAGCCGUCAUCGGGCGGCUCUCCAGGGCCAUCUGGUACGUCCCUCUCUGUGCAUCUUGGAACCCUCCACGAGUGACUCUGUCUGUGUGUGUGUAACCAGAGAAGAGCGGUCUGCAGCGCUUCACGCGGUGGAUUGGCCUGGGGGGCGGCAGUGCAGGUCAGCACACAUACCCAUACCGUUGUCUAGACGUACAGGGGUGUGUGUGUGUGUGUGUUCAGGGAAGGACACUUCGUCCCUGCCAGCGAGCGGCAGCAACCUCGGCGAGACGGCCCUGCAGAACGCCGUGCUGAACCAACACAACUCUAUGGCGCUGAUGCUCAAGGCAAACCUUGUCGGUGCACCCCACACACAUACCACAGACCACAGACGAGCGUGUCUUGAUGUGUGUGUGUGCAGGAGUAUUUCCGUCUCAACUUCCGCAAGAGCACCAAGCUGCUGACCUGCUGGUACGUUGUGUGAGGGAGGGAGGGAGGGAGGGAGGCACACAGAUCAGACCCCUCUGCAGAAUCUGCCGCACCUGUGUGUGUGUUGUGUGUGCCAUGCAGCCAAUUCAACUUCGCCGCGGCAUCGUCGACUCCACUCAACUACAAGUAAGAAACACAAACCCAUCAAAGGACGUGUGUGUGCUGUGUGCACCCUAAUGGGCGGCCCUCUCUCUCUCUCUCUCUGUGUGUGUGUGUGUGUGUGUGCUAUAGGUACACGUAUGACGACAUCGACGACGAGGGCCAUCCCCACAGCCACCCGCACCAGCAGCCACACGAGCCACGGGGGCGGGGCGACCAUGGCGGCGUCUCACACCAACAACCUGACCUUAGGUAAACACACACACACACACACACAGAGGGAGAAAGAGAGGUGUUUCUGUGUGUCUGUGUGUGUGUGUGUGUGUGUGCAGUUCUGAUUUCCACCCUGCUAUGGACCCGGCGUGUGCGACCGUCUUCUACAAUAACGUCCGUGUGUCCGUGUUACACUAAGGCGUCUGUGUGUGUGGUGUCAAAGCACCAACCGGUCUGUGUGUGUGUGUCUUUGUCUGUGCCUGCCCUUUGCAGCUGGGGUGCAUCCACUUCCUGAUGCGCAAGCCGCACCUGGCCUGCUUCUAUUUCAACAAGGCCAUGCAGGCCAACGUGAGGGCGCGGAACGAACUGCCAGCCAUGCUGCACACAGGCGUCGGUACGCAGCCACCCCCUUUCCCCCCCUCCCUCCACACACACACGUGUGUCUCUCUCUAUGUGGUGUUAUGUGCAGGCAAGCCGCUUCCCGGCGUCGUGGCGUCGAGAUAUGUGCUCGACCGGGGCUCGGAGGUGCGUAUGCGUGUGUGUGUGUGUGUGUAGGUCGUCGGCAGACACACACGGACGGAUCUGUACGUGUCUGUCUGCCUGUCUGUGUGUCUGCUUGUACGCAGGUGUCGCUCAACGCGGGUCUGCAGCUGCUGCUGACAGGGUCGCCGCUGGAGGCACUCAUCGCACUGCAGGCAGCCAGCGAGAUCUUCCCAAACAACGCUAAGGUGCCUGCCCACAAAUCGACCACUCACACGCAUCCAUUCAUCAAUCCAUCCGCUGUGCGUAUGUGUGAGAGUGCAGGUGUGGCUGCGUAUGGGUGAGUGCUGCGUGGCGCUCUACCUCCAGUGGGCACGCAAGCAGCGAGACCCCGCCAUCGCACCCAUGCCAGUACAUACACACACACACACACACACACAGAGAGAGAGAGAGAGAGAGAAUGAGAAUAUACACACCCGUCAAUGUGUGUGAUUGUGUGGAUGUGUGUGUGCUCAGAGCCUCUGUGGCACCCGGGCGGUGUCCUUCCUGCAGCCGGCCGAGAACGACGACCAGCAGCUGGCCACUGACGUCAUACGUACGCCCAUACAAGUGGAGGUAUCCACCCUGAGUGUGUGCACGCCUGUGUGUGUGUCAUUAUUCAGGGUCCCCUGUGUUCUAUCGGCGUCUGCUGCUCUCCGUGCAGAAGUACCCUGCUGCUCGUAAGUGCUUUCACACGUCCAUCCAUCCAUCCAUCCACACGUGUGUGUGUGUGCGUGUGUGUCAGCGAGCAUGCUGGCCGGCACUCUGGCGAAACGAGGCAAGCGCCGCACACACACACACACACGCACACACGCACACACAUGCAUCUCACCGUGUGUGUGUCCCUGACUGGCUCACAGCGGCCGACUCGCCCAGCCCGACAACGGAGGACAGCUCUGCCGACACAGAUGCAGCCACGUACGCAGACACACACACACGUCGCACAGCAUGCCAAUCCACCUCUGUGUUGGGUCGGCCGAUUCAGAGAGGAGGCUUCCGGCCGGCAGCUGGCGCAGAUUCUCGCCAAUGACGGCAGCAAAGGUGACUGAGACGGUGACAGACAGACACCACCUGGUGGUGCGUGUGGUGAAUGGAUGGAUGGAUGGAUGGGUGCAGCAUUGCGUUACGCCGAGACGUGUUUCCGGACGGCCCUGCUGCUCGUGCAGCCGCACAAGGACAAACACGCCACUGGGUGAGUGGGUGCGCCGCCGCACAAGAACGCUCUGCCUAUCUGUCUGUCCGUCUGUGUGGUGUGUCUGUCUGUGCAGUGAGUCUGCGUGGCUGGAGGACGCGUGUGACGUCAAGCUGGCCUACGUCUGUCUCGGAAGGUCUGUAGUGGGUGGGUCAAGUAUACUCACCAAUACAUUGAGAAGGGCCCCACACACCUGUGUGUGUGUUUGAGCACUGUGUGCAGGCGAGAUUGGCGUGGGGCGUUGUGGUGGGCGAGCAAGCUGCUGGCACGGGUCAGUGGCGAUAAGGGCCGCAUACACACACACAUACGCAGAGACAGAAACACGUGUGUGUGUCCAUGUGGGUGUGUGUGUGUGUGCAGAACGGAGUGCCUGUUCGUUGUGCGGGCGCUUCACUGCGGCCUGAAGGCAAGCAUUUUUCGCACAGCACACGUGUGCGCGGGAGUGGAGCAUCUUGUGUCUGUCUGUCUGUGUAUUUCUGUGUGCAGAUUCUGCUCCACCGACAAUCGCAUCGAGUGUGGCAUGGUACGUGGGCCACACGGGCUCAUGCACUCGUGUGUGUGUGGAGGGAUGGAUGGAUGGAUGGCCCGAUGGGCUGAUGUGUGCAGCCUGUAUCUGUGUCGGCUGUACGCCGCCGAGGCCCUGUGCCAUCUCAACAACGUCGCAGAGGCCGUCAACGUCCUCAAACCACUGCAGGCACCGCCUCACGCCCAUCCACACACGCCCACACAGAGAGAGCACGUGUGAAUGGACCUCUUUGGUUGGUGCGUGUGUGCGUGUGUGCAGGAUGGUGGGCUGCAGGCGGCCGUCCGCGGCCAGAGCGCCCAGUGGGAAGCCAGCUCCGCACAGGAAGGUACCCACUCUCUCUCUCUCUCUCUCUGUAUGCGCACGGCACACACGGGCGGAUGUUUGUGUGUGCAGGGAAGGAGAAGCCUCUGGGUCUGUCCCUCGGCGGCUCGGCGCCGGCAGACGACACUCUCGAGAUGACCGCACCGGCACACGCAAAGGUCCGUCGUUUCCCGUGCACACCGAUGCAUCCCCGCGGGAAUGUGUGGACGUCUGUGUGUGUGUGUGUGUGUUGGGGGUGUAGAGUCUGUUGGUGGCGUCGUUCCCCCCUGCGACGAGCUGCAUGUCGCUCAAGGAGGCCCAGGCCACACUCAACACAGACCUCUGCCAUCUCGCAUGCAGACAGGUGUCUACACACCUGAUUGUGCAUCUGUGUGUAUACCUGUGUAUGCGUGUGUGUGUGUGUGUGUGUGGUCAGUUUGAGCACCCGCCCGAGCACACCAAGACGGACAAGGACAGACACACCAGACGAUUCGCAUCGCAGAACGAGCUCAUGGCCGGUGCGUACACACACACACACACACGCGGCCGUGUGCGUGUGGCCAUCUGUGUACUUAUGUCUCGUGCGUGUCGCACUUGCCACUGACAGGCCACAAUGCGCAGCUGGUGGAGGCCGCAAAGGGGCUCAUUCGGGUGGGUUUGUGUGUGAGUGUACACAAAGCCCUCAUGAGUGUGUGUAUCGUUAAAGUGUGUCUGUGUCUGUCUGUGUUUCCAUCCAUCCAUCCGUAGGAUGCCGUGUCGGCGUACCCCACGGCAGCGGCGCCUCUGCGGACGCUCGUCUACCUGCUGCUCAUACAGGGGAAGAGGUACCUUCUUCAACACUUCCACCCACACUCACUGUCUGAUAUGGAGGCUCACGUGUGUGUGUGUGCCGACCCCAACACAGGGAAGAGGCCCUGCAGUUGCUGCAGAAGAGGCGGGCGGACGAGGCCUUCCUCUCUGCGGUGCUGGGGCCGGCGCGGCCGAUGCAUCCAUGACACACAAAGACACACAUACACACGCUCGCUGCCUGUCUUCCUGUCAUUCACACAUUUUUGCCCUAGCAAAAUUCUCGACGUACAUUCAUGUGUACAGCCAUGACCAGACAGAGAGACAGACAGAUAGAUUCAUGUGUGUGUGCUGAUGCACACGCAGAGCGGACAGACAGCCAGACAGACAGGCAGACAGACGUGUGUGUGCGUGUGCGUGGCUUGGCUGUAUUUGUAUCUCUCCCUCCGUGUGUGUAUGUAUGGCUGUGUGUGACUGACUGACUGACUGACUGAGUGAGUGAGUGAGUGAGUGUGCAGCGCGGUGCUUAGAGAGAGAGGGGUGGCCUGGGGGGACAGGACAGUUAGCCGCCGUAGCCGUAGCCUUUCUCUCACCGAUACAUACAUACAUACAUACACUGUGAUUUAAGCCCAUACACAUACACACACGUGUCACCGUCACACCACACCCAGCCACCCAUGGUGCACCCACACCCCGCCACUCCCUCAGACAGAUCAGACCCUCUUUCUGUUUGCAUGAUCGACAUUGUAUGGUAUGUAUGCGUACGGAUAUUUGUCACUCGUUGAUUGAAGACCAUGAUGCAGUCAGUGGCCGAACUGUGACGAUCCUCAAACAUACAGCAUC